CUUCAGUUCUCCUUAAAGAAAUUCAGGGAAAACAAUACCUCUGGUGCUGAAGAAGUGAAUAUGUUCACAAAUCAAGGAACAGUGGUCCACUUCAAUAUGCCUAAAGUCCGGGCAUCCCUGGCAGCAGACCCUUUCACCAUCACAGGCCAUGCGGAGACGAAGCAGCGGACAGAAAUCCUACCCGGUGUGUUAAACCAACUCAGUGCAGACAGUCUGACUAGUUUAAGAAGAGUGGCUGAAGCUCUGGACACACAGUCUGUGGCUGGAGAAGCGCCACUUUCUACCGGAGAGGAUGAGGAGGAGAAUGAAGUUCCAGAUCUCCUGGAGAACUUUGGUGAGGCCACCAAGAAUGAAGCAAACCAAACUGAUUCAACUUCUGAAGAAGAUAAAACUUGA